AUGUCUGACUUCACCUCAGUAUUCUCAAAAACACAGUAUGGAGCGCACGAGCGCCAAGUUAUCGGAAUUUGGAGGAAUUCUGACUUGAAUGUGACUGGCCGAUGGGUGGUGUUCAUACAUGGCGGGGCCUGGAGGGACCCACGUAAUACUUACGAGGAUGGCGAACACUUGGCCAAUGGAUUGCUGGAUGGCCAGAUUUCAAGGAGCAUGGAUGGUGUCGCUUCAAUAGACUACAGAUUAUCACCGGACGUAAAGCAUCCUUCUCACAUAGAGGACAUUCUUUUGGCUCUAAAGUUUAUAACAGCUUCUUUCGAGGUAUCGGAAUAUAUUCUUGUUGGACAUUCCGCAGGGGCAUUUUUAUCAUUUCAAGUUCUAACUCAAUGGCCAGCCUUGAAUAAUACAGCUAAAAUCUCUGUGACUAUUGGUGUUGAAGGUAUUUAUAAUCUGCCCUACAUGAUUGAAGAGCAUUCCUCCUAUGAAGGAUUUGUAUCUGAAGCAUUUGGAAACGACCCUGACGACUGGGAAAAAGCUAGCCCGAUUGGUACCAGCUUUCGAUGGCAGAGGUCAAAACAAGAUCUUGUAGAGACUGCUGAAGUCUCAUUGGUAACUUAUGACGGAACAAUCGUUCUUGUGCAUUCCCCUGAGGAUGAACUACUGGGAAUCGAUUUUCAGCCAAAGUUUGCCAAAAAACAUCUCCAACUUGUUACAGGGAACGAAGUCACCGUAUGUGAAGAACUUGCACGUGGCUCACAUGACGCCGUUUAUGUUAGUGACUUAUUAGUCACAAUUGUGAAAAAAUAUAUAGGAUUGCAACUACACAACUCAUGUAAAACUUAA